AUGGAGGACAAAGAGGAACCGGAACCCAUAAUCCGAAAUGAUGUGAGUUUGGAGAACUGCUGGCCAGCCUACCUGGCAGGCUUGGUGGGAAUAGGGUCAGUCUUGAAGGAGCUGAGAGGGGAAGAAGACGUAGAGGAGGAGAUGGAAGAACUUCGUCAGGAACACCUUGCCGAAAGUAGCCAGAAGAACAUGACACUGUGGAAACUCCUUCGCUUCCGCAGCCUCCGGUGGCAUGUCUUCACCAUCAUGGUCCUGGGCUGUGGAAGUCAAUUGGUGGAAAUAAACACGGUUUUAUCUUUUGCGGAGCAGAGCUAUGAAACUUUAGGACUGUCCACCAAAGCUGUGAAUCUCAUCCCAUUGGUAGGAAACUUGAUCAUCCAGCUGAUGCUUCUGACAGCCAUUUGCACCGUCGACUCCUUGGGGCGGAGAUUUCUCCUUUUGAGUGGCUUCUUGAUGUGUAGCCUUUCAAAUAUUGCCCUAGUCUUCACUUUUAAGCUGACCACCACAUUGAUUAUUUCGAUGUUGGUUUCCUAUCUCGGAUAUUUUCAGUAUGGCUACAGUCUCUUUCUGGUGCAUCACCCAGCUUCGCUUCUUGUCUCCAACUUGACAAGGGAGGAAGCGAAGAGCUUGAAGUACUUCUGGUUCAUCUUAUCGCCCGCGGUCAUAUUCUUCCCCAUAGGAGGGGUGACUGGCAUUGUGCUGUUCAGUGUCCUGGUGGACAAAUAUGGAAGAAAGUGUCUCUUGCUGUUGAAUAACACCUUGGCUUUCUUCGCCUCGGUUUUUCUCUGCGUAUCCAGUAGCGUCCAUCUCUUCAAAUUCACCGUGUUUGCCAAUUUCAUAAUUGGAAUAUCUUCAGGGAUUUUUUCCUGCUGUGUCCCCCUGUACCUCUUAGAGGUCUCUCCCACUCCCGUAAGAGGAUUCAUAACUACAGCGUCAGCCUUCUUCUUCAGCCUCGGUGUUUUGUUAGGCCAUACGCUGGGACUUCCGCAGAUUUUGGGGAACAAAGAAGGUUUCCCGUUCAUGGCUAUUGUACUGGGUGUCAUUGCUACCAUUUGUAUUUUGCUUCUCAUUAAUUGUCCGGAAAGUCCUCGGUUUAUUUUAAUCCAGAAGAAGAACGAAACCAAGGCAAGAGAAGUUUUAAGAAGCUUGAGGGUCCAAGAGGACGUGGGGAAUGAGAUCCAGGAACUCCAGGAAGAAGAACUUUACGAAGUCCUGGCCAACGAGAAAAAGAUGACACUCUGGAAAUUUUUAUGCGUUCCGAAAUUCCGGUGGUCCAUAGUCACCAUCGUCGUGUUGAUGGCCGGAAGUCAACUUUCCGGCAUCAAUGGGAUGUUCUUUUACAUCGAGAAAAUCUACAUAUCGAUGGCGUUACCCAGGUCUAUCUCAGAUAACAUUUCUUCAGGCAUCCACGUCAUCAGUGUCAUCAUCGUUGUCAUUGCGAUCAAUUUGGUUGAGGCGUGGGGCCGGCGCCUUCCUCUAAUCAUGGGCUUUAUGAUCUGUAGCAUGACCUGCAUCCUUUUAACCUUCACACUGGAAUUCCAGGAGCAGAACUACGUAAUGUCUUUCCUAAGCCUGGUUUUAAUUAUUAUCCUUUUAAUUGGACAUAUGCUAGGACCAGGUCCGAUCCGUCUGGUCAUUCUUGGAGAACUUUUCCUGCAGUCGACCCGCGCCACAGCCUGCACCGUUGGAUACGCUGUCCUGUGGUUCACUCGUUUUGUCUCUGGCAUGAUCCUGAUCCAGCUGGAGUUACUCCUGGGCCCCUACUCUCUGCUGGUCUACUGGCCCUUCUGCGUGGCCACCUUCAUUUAUCUUUUCAAGAUGCUUCCGGAAACCAGGGGCAAAACCUUUGUGGAGAUCCAGUUGGCUGUAAGAGAAAACAAGUGAAAACAAAGUCCGCACUGAAUCGAUUUAAAAGAAACGAUGGCUGGUUUAUAAACAGA